AAGUCAUCAGCUGAUAUGGAUAAAGACGGUGAAAUAUGCUUGUUUGUCUACGAUGCAUCUUUCGAGCAACGUCGUUGUUGAAGAGAAGAGUAUAAGUUGAGGGUUGUUCGAUCAUUCUUUAGCUCACCAGCUCACUCGUGUCUGUCUUCACUCAAACCGAGUGUCAUUCUCCACCAUGAAGCUCCUCCUCACACUCCUCAACCUCCUUCCCCUCAUCUCAGCCCAACUCUCCGGCCCAGUAGGUCCCACCACAAGCCGAGCCUCCAAACGGACAAAAGUCUGCAACGUCCUGGAUUACGGCGGAGUAGCGAGCAAGACGUCUGAUGUGGGGCCUCCGUUGACUUCUGCUUUUGCUGCUUGCAAGAAUGGCGGGACUGUUUAUGUGCCUCCAGGAGAUUUUGGGAUCAGUACUUUUGUGAGUUUGACGGGCGGAAAGAGUUGGGCUUUGCAGCUUGAUGGGGUGAUUUAUCGGGUUGGGACUGGUGGUGGGAAUAUGAUUUUUGUGGGGAGUACGAGUGAUUUCGAGAUGUAUAGCAGUACAUCCAAAGGCGCUAUUCAAGGAUAUGGGUACACGUUCCAUGCAGAUGGUAACUAUGGAUCUCGUAUUCUUCGUCUAGGCAAAGUCUCGGAUUUCUCGGUCCAUGACAUUGCGUUGGUUGAUGCGGGAGCGUUCCAUCUUGUUAUGGAUACUUGUACUAAUGGAGAAAUCUAUAAUAUGAUUAUCCGAGGUGGAAAUGAAGGUGGAUUGGAUGGGAUUGAUAUUUGGGGAAGUAAUAUCCAUGUCCAUGAUGUUGAGGUUACGAAUCGAGAUGAGUGUGUUACUGUUAAAAGUCCAGCGAGCAACAUGCUCAUCGAAAACAUUUACUGCAACUGGUCCGGCGGCUGCGCAAUGGGCUCCCUCGGCUCCGACACCGCAAUCUCCAACAUCCACUACCGCAACAUCUACUCCCAAAACUCCAACCAAAUGUACAUGCUCAAAUCUCGGGGCGGAAGCGGCUCCGUCAAGAACUGCACCUUCGAAUCCUUCAUCGGGCACACGAAUGCCUACACACUAGACCUAAACGCCGACUGGUCGUCGCAGAAAGAAGCUACUGGGGACGGGGUGCUGUAUCAGGAUAUCACGUUUCGGGAUUGGAGGGGCACGUGUUCGAAUGGGGUGCAGAGGGGGCCGGUGAAUAUUGUUUGUCCGGAUAAGGUUCCGUGUACGGGGUUGGUUGUCGAGGAUUUUGCGGUGUGGACGGAGGCGGGGAGUAGUGUUGUUUGGAAAUGCGCGAAUGCGUAUGGAAGUGGAGCGUGUUUGAAGGGUGGGAGUGGGACGGGAUAUGCGGUUGUUACUUCGACGAUUAGUGCUGCGCCAUCCGGUUACGCGGCGCAGAAGAUGCCGGAUGAUUUGACAGCUGGCUUUGCUUUAACGGCUAGUAUACCGAUUCCAGCUGUGCCGACAACGUUCUUUCCUGGUGCUACUCCGGCCAGCACGCUGCUUGGUGGAUGAGGAACUCCGUUGAAGAGGAACUGGUGUCUGGAAAAGGAAAAGCAGGACAGUAAGCGAAGGGGAAAGUGAUGAGAUUUCUUCUGUAUCUAUGUCUUGCUUGCGCUGUAUAUAUUUUCUCUCUUACAGGUCAUGUAUAUACAGAUUCUCUUUCUAUCGGAUUGCUUCAAAUACAUGGAGAAGUGGAACAA